GCAAAGCUUUACUCUAACUUGAAAGGAUCUACUAUGGUGGAUGAAGAAGAAGAUGGUGAGAUGCCAAUGCGUUCGCAGCUGACCGUCGUUAUGUCGACGCCGCGGGGUGGCGUUCUCCAGGGGAUGAUGACGCAUGGUGGGAGCGUUGACAGUGACCGACUUGAUAAUUCCUCCUCGCUGCCGGCCGAAUGGACUGGCAAUUCUAGCACGACUGCGUUCCCGUUGACGAGGAGUGGCCGAGAGGGCUUCUGCAAGACCAAUGAAGGUGAAGAACAACUCGGAGGUCCAUUUUCUACAAAGGGCGCUAUUCCGCAGGCACAGAAGUUGUUCCCAGUUUCAGAAGACGGGAUGCCGAUGCCCAUGCCCGCGUUAUCUUCCUCCGAUGAUUACGCAAGUGAACACUUUCUCUUUCCGUGUGAUGUGAAGACCCAGGAGCUGCAUGAUGAUCAUACUGCAGUAACGGAUGCGGAUCGUCAGGUUCAGAACCAACACCAAGAGACAUGCGGCAGGAGCGACCAACAAGGGCCCUUCGGAGACGGUGUUCAGGCGAAGGAGCAAAGGGGAGAGGAACCUAAUGAAGCUGUGGCUGCUAUGGAC